AUGGUAGGCGUAAAACGUGAGGUGGAUUCGCGGUAUAAAGUUGUUUUCUUGGAAGUUAUCGCCCUUUAUGUACUACGACAAUAUUUCUAUACGUUAAUGAUGGGCGAGCGUAUCAGACGCGUCGGUGCACCGUUCUACGCCCCUCCAAGGAAGACGUCGGCUGAAAUCAUUAGCGAAGCCCGAGCUGCUAUAUCUGCAGGCAAGUUAAUCAGACAGACUAUUCCCGAGACUAUAAGUCUCAAGUAUCAAACAGUUCAGGAGAGUAGCGAGGAUGCGUUUAUUAAUUACCAGAUAUCAGAACAGGAGCACGUUUCAAAUGGUGUGUCGUUUGUAGAAAAUCAGCAGCAAAGAAAGAAAAUAGUAAGUACCAUGUUGAAGUCUACGAAAUCUAUUAAAAACGCCGAUGCCUGGAGCGGUUUCCCCAAAUUGCCUCACCUCAGCGGAAAAAGUAAGCCGUUACAUAGAAGGAAUACAAUCGGACAAAAUGAUGAUAACGUUAGCAGAAGUAAAAGUUUGGGUGAAAAGUCAGUUUCUUACGACGAGGGAACUUUAAGUGAGGUGUCAGUGAGACAUCUUGCUGUACAGCUACCAAUCACCAGUGAUGAUUGUCACAAUAUGACAGCCCUAGAGUUAUCAGAGGCGUUGUCUCAGAAGAAUCAGGGCGUUGAUCGCGUGCUCGGUCUACUGGACUCUCUCCAGAAGACCGUGGAGCAGACCAGCCCUGGAGACAGUCUCCGUGAGCUGGUGCUGCGAGCAUUAAUAUCUAGAGCUCGUGAUAAUGAUGAGAGGGUCCUCGUUAAAGUCGCAAGGCUUCUGCUUACGAUGCGUGUCACCGGAACGUAUUUGACCGCUGCUUGCAAAUUGGUCUUCAAAAUUGCCAGCAACGAUAAGAAUGAUGGCGUCUUCAAGAAUUCAAACCUUCUAGAACUAAUCGUGGAGUCAUGUGCCCGCGCGUGUCCUUUAUCUGAGAGCUCGAGUGUGUUACACGCGAUGGGAGCCCUACGUGUGUUAGCCCUGGAGCCUUCCCUCGCAGCCCGCAGUCGCACCGCCGGUGCUCUACACCUGGCUGUGUUACACCUCAAAAUCAUCAACAACGCCAAAGCUGAACGUCCGCGUCAAGUGACCGAAGAGACGACACACGCGUUGUACCAGCUGACUGGAGCUUUAAGGAAUCUAGCUGGCAGUGGGUGGCAGGAGAGGGAGGGGGAGGAACUUGAAGGAGAUACGGGGAGGGAGUUCGCAAGCAGUGGAGCGAUAGCAGAACUCAUCAACGCAUUGACAUUACAUACAGAUCGAGAUGUACUGACUAAUGUAGCAAGGUGUCUAAGCGUAUUGUCAUCAUGGCCUUCAUGUUUGAACGCCUUGUGUUCAUGUCCGGGAGCGUCUCGAGCUUUGCUAACAGCGCUUGGAGCUUGUGCCGCGAGGGCAGCGCUGGCUGUAAGACUAGCUUACACCUUGGGCAACAUGGCCGCUCAUUGUGAUCAAGCUAGAAUAGAGAUAUACAACGAGAAGGGCAGCAUCGACGUUCUAUUGACCAUACUGGAGUCAUACACGCAACGUAACGAUAACGACACGAGGGAACACGACAACGAUCCGGACUUACAUUUAAUAGGUUCUGAUCUUGGUGGAUCAGACGGCUCAAACGAAGAUGUCCUCAUAAAGACAGUACGAGUGGUGGCGAAUCUAUGUUUGACAGAGGAGACAGGUCGCGGGCUUGUGGAACACGCUGAUAGGAUUGUGAGGGCGAUGAUGAGUUGUUUGGAGGUAGCAGCCAGGGUCGGGGGGAAGGAAUUAACAGAUAUAGAGCGCAAGUCCAGUGAGGAACGUCGUGAGGAAUUAGCGACGGCUGCACUGGCCACUAUAAACAACAUCACCUUCUACUUCGAACCAACGGACUCCACACACUUUGAUACCUUGGACCAUCUGGUUGAAGUAACAUGUGGCUGGUUGUCUCACGGCGGGCUCCCCACACACGAGGCGGUCCGAGCGCUCGGUAACCUCACGCGCUGUGACCGCGCCGCGCGCGCCGCCGUGCUGUACGGGGCCUUAGACGCUCUACCGCCCUUACACACUCAUGACGACGAGGAGGUUCGUAGCGCGUCCGCUGGUGUGUUAGUGAAUGUGUGCGGUGCGGGUGGCGGGGUGCAGGAGGCCGGGGGCGCUGCCGCUAGGGCUCUGGCCGCGGCCGCGAGGAUGAGAGACGUCCGCUCGGGGGCUCUGCUGGCCCGAGCUGUGUGGAACGCUCUAGAACAACGACCAUUGGACGUACACAACGCUAGAAUGGCGGCCGCCGCGUUAGCGACCUUCAUAGGCAAUAGUAUCCACGUGUUUGAGCUAAUUGACUAUAUGACUCCGUGGCGCAACGGUAGCGCGUCUGACUCCAGAUCAGAAGAAGACGAGUCAUUGUUGGCUGUGUGUGAAGCCGCGAAGUGCGAGGAACGACGCGCCAGCGACCCAGAUAUUAUGAAAAACCACAGUGUAAAAUUGGGUUUGGAAGGUCGAGGUUACAAUCGGGAGCAUGUUGAAUCGAAAUUGUCGUUGAGCGUUGAAGAAGAUCUGCAUUUGGAAGAGUUUGAAGAAGAAGGGGAAAGAUGGUCAGGCUCGGACUUGGGUUUUGAAGAAGGCAGUCCGGAGCCCUGUUCGUGUGGUCGCUGUUCCCGCGGCAGUUCGUGGAGGGCCCUCACUGAUGUCGCACUGCCGCUGCUGCAGAGACUGCUGCCGGCACGACGAGAUGCAGCAGUCGGCACAGAUUAA